AUGGAUCAGAAUUUCUCAACGGUUCGAGAUGGAAAGCAGCUGCUGCCAGAGCGAGACUCGUCUAAACGCGUGCUGACAGGAUGCUUCCUCUUCCUCCUCAUCUUCACCACGCUACUAGGCAACACGCUAGUGUGCGUCGCCGUCACCAAGUUCCGACACCUGAGGUCGAAGGUCACCAACUUCUUUGUGAUCUCGCUGGCCAUCUCUGACCUCCUGGUGGCUAUCCUGGUAAUGCCGUGGAAGGCGGCGACCGAGAUCGUGGGCUUCUGGCCGUUCGGCGCGUUCUGCAACGUCUGGGUGGCGUUCGACAUCAUGUGCUCCACUGCCUCCAUCUUGAACCUGUGUGUGAUCAGCGUAGACCGCUACUGGGCCAUCUCGAGCCCGUUCCGCUACGAACGCAAGAUGACCCCUAAAGUGGCAUGUCUGAUGAUCAGUGUGGCGUGGACCCUGUCAGUCCUCAUCUCCUUCAUUCCUGUUCAGCUAAACUGGCACAAAGCUCAGACGACCAGCUACGCAGAGCUAAAUGGAACAUACCCCGGCGACCUGCCCCCUGACAACUGCGACUCCAGCCUUAACAGGACCUACGCCAUCUCUUCCUCCCUUAUCAGCUUCUACAUUCCCGUGGCCAUCAUGAUCGUCACCUACACCCGGAUCUACCGCAUCGCACAGAAACAAAUACGGAGAAUAUCUGCCCUGGAGCGGGCAGCAGAGAGUGCCAAAAACCGCCACAGCAGCAUGGGGAAUAGUUCGAGCAUUGAGAGCGAGAGCUCGUUCAAAAUGUCAUUCAAGCGAGAAACCAAAGUCUUAAAGACGCUCUCAGUCAUCAUGGGAGUGUUUGUGUGCUGCUGGUUGCCCUUCUUCAUCCUUAACUGCAUGGUUCCGUUCUGCGAGCCGAACAUGCCGGACGGGACCGCAGACUUCUUCUGCAUCAGCUCCACCACCUUCGAUGUGUUUGUGUGGUUUGGCUGGGCAAACUCCUCGCUAAAUCCUAUCAUCUAUGCCUUCAACGCCGACUUCCGCAAGGCCUUCUCCAUCCUCCUGGGCUGUCACCGGCUCUGCCCCGGGAGCAACGCCAUUGAGAUCGUCAGCAUUAACAACAACAUGGGCGCCCCCACCUCAAAUCCCAACUGUCAGUAUCAGCCCAAGAGUCACAUCCCGAAGGAGGGCAACCAUUCAGCCAACUAUGUGAUCCCCCACAGCAUCCUGUGUCAGGAGGAGGAGUUACAGAAGAAGGAUGGAUGCGGAUUGGAGAUCGAGGUGGGAAUGGUAAACAAAAGCCUGGAGAAACUCUCCCCAGCCAUCUCUGGGAAUUUAGACAGCGAUACUGAGGUCACCCUGGAAAAGAUCAAUCCCAUAACACAGAACGGACAGCAUAAAACCGUGUCUUGUUGA